AUGGCUACUACCAAACAUAAAAAAAACAUGCUUGGAUUCUCAGGAACUAGCACGUUGAGGGAAACAGAAGCAGAAGCUAAAACACGUCCAACUCCAGAGACACCCAUAGCGACAGACUCUGAGUCUGAAUCAGAUACAGAAAACUCUGCGUCAGAGGCAGAAAACUAUGCUUCAGAUGCAGAAGAGUGGAAUGAUCUAGAAGAGGCUAAAGGAAAUUGGAAUACAACUAAAAAUAAAAAUUGCAAUGUUUCAUCUACAAAACAAAAGUCUCACCCAAAAAAACGGAACUUUUCAAAUAAAUGGCUAGAUGAUCCAUUAACAAAAGAUUGGAUCAUGAAAUCGAAGGAUCUAAAACGAGGCAUCUACUUCGCAUGCUGUAAAGUGUGCAAAGUAGAAAUAGUACCUCAUCGUACCGGACUUAGAAGACACAGAGAUUCUGCAAAACAUAGGUAUCUUAUGAACCAGGUGGUUACAACAAAAAAAAUCAAUAACAUGUUUGGACAAAGUAUUGAACUAAAAGUAAAAGCAGCGGAAUUAAAAUUAGUUGGACUAUUAGCAACAAAUGUAACGGUCCCAUUUUUACCUUAA